UAAAUCAUAUAAUGUCGCUGUCCGAUCAGCAUCCAUGGAGUGUGUGUGGCAGUCUGGUCUCGCGUCGACAGGUUUCUAGCAUAAUCUUGUGUUUGUCGUAGCCGCGUCGAACCCUUUGUGUUCCCGCGACGCAGAGAAAGCAUGCGAAAAGGCCAUGCGGAGUGAAUAUUACUGAGAUACGUCGCGAUUGCCCGUGCUGUUGAUGGAUGUGCGCGACGACCGUAUGCAGUCAUCGGUCCGCUGUGUUCAGGACCGACCAACAUGUCUUGGAAAGCUGUCGUCGAUAACAACGACGAGGACUCGCAGAGUGACGUCGCUUUUUCCGACUCUGAAGCUGCCGGCUCGUCUCAUUACAUCCAAGGUGACGACGUCGAGAACAACACCCCGUGCAAUGCGGCAGCGGUGGGGAGCCUAGACGAUGCUUUCAAGGGCGCCAACUCGGGCCUGUUGCCGCUGGAGUCGUCGUAUCGACUACCGAGCUCAAGUUUCUAUGCUCGAAGAGUGACGUCUCCGAACGUUGCACUGACCGACAUGCAAGAGCCUCGAAACAGUUGCAUGGAACAGGACGGUGAGGACACCGCGAGCAGCCCUCGUUCGAGCGUCACAGAUUCGGAAGGCCUGUCGUCACUCAGCGAGGGCUCGAUGGAGGAUUUGUCCGAGUCGGAGUCCAUCACCGAUGUGACACCGCUUCAUUCGCCUUACAUGUGUGACAGCCCCGUGCCCGCAGUGAAGUUGCCCGUCAGCAAACUAACGAUGCAGGCAGGCUGCACAGCUGCUGCCGGCGACAGCAGCAGCGGGAGCGAGUCGGACAGAAGUUCCUUCAGUGGCGCCCGGCGCAAAAGCGCCGUGGCAGCAGGCAAGGUUCGCUUGGGAAGCCAUCAGCGGGAACCUGUAGAUCUGCAGCUUCUCGUGGACGCCAUCAGGCGCCUCGAGGCGCAUCAGUGCGAGCAGAGCCGGACGGCACGCAAAGAAGCCCCGGCCAAGGGGCGCAAGAAUAUGUCGUUCUCGAACGAAGAAGUCCAGCGCAUCGACCGCGAAAACCAGCGACUCUUGAAGCGCAUCCUGGCACAACAGAACCGACCGAGGCCAAAAUUUGACUCAAGGACGCCGUCCCGCCUGGCGCCAUCGGCAAUCAACAGGCAGCGGCAGCAGCGGCAGAUUGAAGUGGAAAACCUCGCACUUCUCAAGAGAAUCGAGUCUGCUAAGCCAUCUCGUGAAGUCGCGCCCUCACAGGACCAUGUGCAGAGAGCACGAUCACAUUCGCUCUCUCUGACACGCCAUACUCUGCAGACUCCCCCCGUGAUGGCGGCAGCAGUAGCACCACCUCUGUCAGGGGUCAAGCAUUUCCCACCGCGCCAGAAACAUCACUCACACUGAGAUGGCCUUUGUGUAGUGAAAAAUGCAUCCCACCAAAGUUCCUGUUAUGGCAUUGCUGCGGACCUAUGUACAGCUAUUCCCCAAACAUGCAUUUUUUUUUGUGUUGUUCUGCACUGUCGACUAGUGCUGUGAAGAAGGGCCUACUCCUCCAAGAGGGCGACAAUUGCUCGGGUUCAGUGGUGCAACAUGGCUGAGCUUAUGUUUCCUAUAGCCUGGCGAACACGCAACCUUCUAAUGUUAAGAUGACACUCUCUGGUUAUUUUGUUGUUCCUGUAUCUCAAAGCAACACUUAAUGGCCUGGCUAUUUAUUCACUAUGUCAGACGUUUUGUAUUGUUUCGAUUGCAAUUAACAUAUUGGCACAGAUUUCCCCAAGUCAUCUAACCACAGUAAAUGAGAUACCACCUCAUCUACAACAAAUGUGUUGUUUCACCAUGGUUGACAGCUGAUUGUGUACUGUGGAUUGCUAUUGGUUUUUGUACCUCUCUUUCACUCGGAUCCUAAAUUGUAGGUGAGCAGCACUCCCUGAAACAGUUCAAGUGCUUUGGCUGCUGUGGUCAGUGGAGAUAGUAACACUAGAACAGUCUUUGAAGUGCUUUAUAUUUCAUGUAUUUAUAUCUUAGCAGAGCAAUGCAGCAGGUAAUGGUGCUUGUCAAUGCUGCACUGUGAUCAAGCUUGCUAUUUGUGCUUGCCCGAGAAUUUUGCCUGAAAUGUGCAUUUCAGUGUUGUAAUGGAGUACGAUCGCAUGCAUAAUUCAUUCCUUUCAUUUGCGCAAGCGAAAUUAGCCUGAGCAGCCAAAAGUGUGCGUCUGCUGUGCAACACGGCUAGCACACAGCUAAAUCUGUACAUCACUGAAUUUGCUUAUGUACAUUGAUUCGGUAUGCUUACAUGGUGCACCAAUGUGUGGCUUUUGCAAAGCUCAAAUAUUAGCUCCAGUGGUGCGGCUGUCUAGGAUUGAUGAGCUCUUAUGCUAAAGGGCAAAAGAUGUGCUUUGGGGCAGUGUUGGCUAUAAGAUCGUGCUGCCUAUUUGUUCUAUGCUUACAUCAGAGGCGUCUUAAUUGGACCUCACAGUGGUGGCCGCGUGCAGUGUGACUGUAGAUAUGGGACUGGAUACUUUGACAUAGUGCGGCUGAAUCUCACGAUGAGAGGCAUGUGCAGUGUGUUUGAAAUGCUGUUACACAGGCAAUUUCACAGGCUGUACCAACUUGUAAUGCGCAUAGAAUUUUAAUCUGGCUGUAGCCAGCACUUGUAAAUAAUGUUGUUGGAACACUUGGCUGUGCUUGUGCUUGAGGCAGAUUCUUGGCAACUGCUUGUAACCUUGUGAAGUGUACAUAGGCAUUUUCUCUCUUUUUUAGCAGCAUACGUACUAGAGCUUGGUGUGUGGAGUUCUGCAGCCAAUUUUAUUUUUGUACAUAGACUUACGUAAUGCUUGCGUAAAGUAGCACCCAAGUGUUGUACUUUUGCAUUGCUCGUGUAACAGCUAUGUAAAAAUUGGCUCAUAAAUUAUUUUGACAUCAAAUAAGGUAAUUCAACUAUCACAAGCAUGAAACACGAUGUCAAGGCCAAAGCUACAUCAGUCCACGUGUACAGCUCCAACAAAUCACAUUUUUGUGUCACUCAGCUCUUUCUUGAAGGUGCAUCGGGUUGCUUUAUACAAGUCACGUUAUCGAUCCAAGUCAGCAAAAAAUCUUAAAACAGUCUUCGAUUGUGAUAAGGAUUCUGCGCUUCUUGUUGAUAUGCUGUGCUAGAUGCACUGUUGUUCCCUUGCUGGCCGACAAGAGCAGGCUAGGAAUGUGCUUUCAGAGGACAAAUGCACACAUCCUCUUAACUAUACAGUGACACCAUUUGACCAAGAUGCAGACAGAAACGUAGAAUGCACUUUCGUUAGGCCUAUGAGCCUCAGAAAGGUAGCGAGCCCUUUAAAGGGAAACAUUGCGUCAGUUUAGACAGAUAAAUUAUUCUUUCAGAGCUCUGUUACUGUUAUUGGCAUCAUGAGUUAAUUAUUAGAAGAGGAAAUGGUCAAAGUUUCAUGUUUGACUUGCACACCUUUUCUCUCUUUACGUACAUUGGUAAUUGAAAUCUUAUAUGUUAAGACAUUGUGUUGACAAACGAUACUGUAUACCCAAGCAGACGCUGUCAUUUUGUUCAUCUAAGUCAUGUAGGUGAGCUGGUGCUGGAGUUACCACCACUGGUAGUACCACUUACCAAGCCUCUUCUCAUGCUUUCGGCAUUGAGAAAUUUAAUUUAUUAAUGCAAGAAAAAUCAUUCUCAGUCAUGUCACCGAAUGGGAACCAAUGGCACAGCUAGUGUACCUUGGGCUCAUAUGCUUGUUAACACUGCAGGGCUGGCACAGCUCUUUUGAUGCAAGUGAAUCAUUGUCCUAGCUUCACUGACAUGGGAUUGGAAAGGCCUUCUGUGCCAACUACAUUUGGUUCACCAAAAUGCAUUGAGCAAACAUUAAAUAAGCAUUUCUAAACAUUAAAUAAGCAAACAUUAAAUAAACAUUAAAUAAGCAAACAGGGGUGUGUGCAUACUCUUUUUACACAAAUCUAGUGCUCUAUGCUGUUCGAAUUGCAUUCACUAUGAGGGUUCAUUAAUGGAAAAUUGCAGGACAUGUGCAAGGGGUUACUGAUUUGAGAGGGAUGGGUAGAAGUGACGACUGCUCCAAAAACACGGCAGUGGUUGUUCAAGAGGUUCUGCUCAUUAUGUUUCCUUGUCAUUCACUAAAAACUACUCUUUCAGGCUGCUCUCAAAGCAACUCGACUGGCAGUUUCAACCAUGUUUGCAUCCCUGUAAAACUAUGUAGCAUCCUCUCCAACUUCACCGCUGUCGCUAUCAUGGUGCACCGUGUAAUUUAAAGCACUCAGUUGCCUGCAUCAAAUUAUGCAAGCCUACAAAUGUGCUGGACUUUAGAAAUGAGAAAAUGUUCCAUAUACUGCAUUCCCUAGGAAGUGCAAGUAUAAACAAAAAAAGGAACGCAAAUUGGGACUUAAAAAAUUUCUUGGGGGUAUUGAAACA